AUGACCACCUUUUCCAGCACGCCACUCUUCGGAGGAGCUCUCAUCGUGGAUAUACCGGCCAGCUUCGCCGACGUCAGCACGAUCCGUCAAGUCCCAGAUCAUCAGGAGGUCUACCUCGACAAAGAUGGCUUCACAAGUAUCAUCUUCGACAUCACGGAACGCGUGGGCCUGCCAGGCACAGGACCAGCUGUUGACGGUGCAGCCUUAACCACGCACCUAGAAGAUAUCGUAGACUCCGACGAUGAUACUGUCAAAGUCUGGAAUACGAGUAACACACAAUUCUCUAAACUCCCAGAAGGAAUUCCAGCCUAUACACUCAUCGCCACACAAACACCGCCUCCGAAACCUGGUUCUAAGAGCCCGGAUUUCACCGCCAUUGUUCUCACACUCAUCAGAUUGGAGCAAGAAUCGACAGAUGUGCUUGUUACAAUCAAUGUCCCGCAUAUCAAGGGCGAGUACACGGAAGAGGAAAUCGAUAUGCAGAUGGGCAAGCAGGGAAAGCUGAUUGAGAAUGCGGUAGAGUAUGCGGCGAAGAUUUGGGAGACAUUUAAGAUCAAGGAUUGGGGUCUUUUCAAAGAAGUUUAG